CUGGAGCAGGGGAUGCGAAUCGUGCGAGGCCGGUGGACCGCAACGUUUUAUGUGUUCAUUUUGAACCGAUUGGUCAUGAUCGGUCUGGUGGCCACCAAUGUUCUGGAGAUAGUGCCGUGGACAUCCAACUUGAGGUGAGAGAUUACCCCGAAGACGUGGCUAAGGUGAUGACACGUACCACUCCCAGCUGCCAGGCCGUAGCGGCAACAUACGACCUGCUACAACUGUUGACAUACAUAAUAUGGGCAGGUCGGUCCCGGACUCUUAUCCUUGCCGUGCGACGAGUUGAGCACAUUACAUGGACAGUGAUGGCCGCCAUCCGAAUCUACGUGGUCGGCAAAGGGAAUUUGUAUCUCUCCGUCUUCGUCUUUUGCCUGGCUAUUGUGCCCUUCGCCACAACUAUGUAUGCCUCAGUCAUGGUGACGUACGCCGCCGUGGAAUUCCCCCCCAGUCUACCGUUCUGCGAUCCCACAGCGCACUUUUCCAUGACAUAUGACAAUCGGUGAGUUUUCUGUUGUAGCUGCGAUUCCUCGUGACUGACGCCUUCCAAUGCAGAGGUACCGCCUUUCCUUCUUGGCCAUUGUCAGGUGCUGAGGACCCGCGUCGCGUAUUCUUGUUGCUC